AUGACAAUCACAUUCAUUCCUGGAGAGGUCAACAGAAGCGCGUGCUCUGUAGUGCAAUCCAACUGGAAGAACCACCACAUUAUCGCCUAUGGUUCAGGUAACAAUUUAAUAAUCACCUCGGCAACAAUUGCACCCACAAAUAAACGACCCAACCCAUACAACAUCGAUAAAGACUUGCAGACUGUAUACCUUGCCAAAGACCCCGCUGCUAUUGACAUAAACCACAAGACUGGGGUCAUUGCUGUGGCGUACGAUGACAAGCUCAUCAUUUACAAACCAUUAAAUGAAUACAUGGCGAUACCGAAAUGGACAUUGGCAAUUGAGUUUGCGGUAAAGUUUGAAGUGACGUGUCUUGAAUGGGCUUGUGAAGAGGAUGAAUUGGUAAUUGGUGGGAGAGAGAGUAUAUGUUUGUAUCACGUGGCUGAACAAUACGGCGAGUUUAAACUUCGACAACGAUGGAGUUCAACCCUACCGAGGCCCGUGUCGAGCAUAUGUAUUGCCCCCAAUGCCAAGCUUAUAAUGACCACGAGUGGGCCAUAUGAUCGACUAGUCAAAGUGUGGACACGCAUGAAUUACGGCGAUGACAACAGUCAGUUUGAAGUGUCGUAUCUCGUGCAUCCACCAGGCACGCACGUUGUGGAUUUCCAUUGGAGAAGGAAGUCGGGAAUCAAGAGUGAUAAAGUGUUGGAUGGAUCUAUGGCGCAUAUUAGGAAGAUGAGGGGGUAUGUCAAUUUCAAUAAUGACGAGGGCGAGGUGAUUUACACGUGGACGUCAAAUGCGCAGUUUAAAGUGUGGGCUUCUUAUGAAACUAAUGGGCAUAAUCAGAUUACCAAUUGGGCCAAUUUGGAUUUGAGUGAGUGCUUUGGCAGCGGUGUUGGUGGUGGUGAUGAAAUCAGGUCAGUGCUUGUUAUUGAAAAUAUUUAUCUUCAAAAUAGUCUCAUACCGUUGUUGAAAACAACCAAAUCUACAUUAUUUGAUAAACUCAACUUGGACGAUUUUGAUUUAUUGUAUGUCAUUUCAAAUUCAGGAACGGCAAGAAUCUAUGCUGUGACUAAUAUAACACAAACCCCACCUACGAAUAUAAAAUUUGUUCCUGUUGGCCAGGACUUGGAUCUUGAGUUUGGAAGGAAUGAGUUCCCGCAUUUGGAUGUACUGUGUGGACACAAGUUGUCACGGGAGUACAUUGAAUCAGAAGAGUUUGUAGCGACUCAUUUGAAACCGGUUUUGCUAAAGAGUCUAUCUCGAUUGAAUAAUGAUGAGCGGGUCAAGGACCUUUCAUUCUUGCUUCAUGAUCGAGUGAAAAACACCGUUCGGUUUGAAGUUGUUGAUUUUAAAAAACUAUUACAAUCGAACCAAUUGGGAAUCACAUUGAUUAAUAAGUUCCAAGGUCACAUCAAAUCUAUCCGAAAACUAGUUCGAUCAAACUCGCUCUAUUCCUCGGAGAAUGUUGUGUUGUCAAUUUCCAACUUUGCCAAGCAUAAUUACAUUUGGGAACCAAUGAUUAUAGACCAGAAUGGGUUGAAUGUGAUGUCCAUUACCAAGCGAUUCAGAUUGGAGUUGGCAGGUGAUGACAAUAGUAUAUGGGACGCGGCAAUUAUAAAUGAUAUUGAGCCACCAGUGGGCUAUAACCGACGCCAUUUGGUGGCUGUCGUUGAAAAAUCGGGUAAAUUGAGUCUUUGGGAUUGCGAUGGGUCGAUAAAUGACGAUCAGCCAGCUACACAAAUUGAAGUUGUCGAGUGUCAUGAGAGACAACCGCGGGCGUUUGUGUUGACUGAAGAUGCGAGAAAUACGCGAGAGAGGAAAGUGUAUUGGAUCAUUGCUGUGUUUGAGAAGGAUUUGAUCAAGGCGUGGAAUUUGGAGUUGAUUUAUCGUGGUGAUGGGAUUGAUUCUAUCAGACUUCGAGAUCAACUGAUUGCCAAUUUACCUCAACAUGAAGAGAUCCACCAAGUUACUCGCGUUGAUGCGUUUUUAAGUGAUGAGAAAAAGAGUUUGAUUGCUGUUAUCGACAAGGAAGGUUUAUUGAAGAGUUUUACUUUGGAUUAUAAAGAUGACGUUGAUCAACUUGAGUGGACUACAACAUGUAGCAUCCCCACCAAUGUUAAAAACGCGGCAAAGAUUAACGGAUCAACUGUGAUUAACAAAUUUGCCGUUGUUGAUGGAUCAGGACGGUGUUUAUCAAUUUGGGAUACUAAUCAAGGGGUGUUGGAAUAUGAAGAGACUUUCGACCUGGAGAAUGGACCAGUUACUGACUUAGAUUGGACUUUUAUCAAUGCCACCACCAAUACAAAUUCGACUACGAAUGCCAUCUUGUCGGUUGGAUUUGGCAGAUUUGUGCUUCUAUACACCCAGUUGCGGUACGACUAUACAAACAAAAUACCAACUUAUGCCACCAUCAAGAAAAUCGACGUGUCUGACUACACUUCGCAUGAGAUUGGUGAUCUGAUUUGGCUUGAUAAGGGGUAUUUGGUGAUUGGGUGCGGGAACCAAUUUUUCAUUGAUGAUAGGUGGAUCAAGUUGGGUUCUGGUACAAUUGAUUCAACGAUACGGCAGUUGAUGAGUGGGUAUGUUGAUAAGGUGCAGCGGGGAGGUGAGGGGGAGGAUGAUAAUGAUAAUAAUCGAGGAGCUAAAGAUAGUAUAGUUUACGAUAUUUCACAAUUGGUGCGGGUCUUAAAUGGUCCUUUGCCAAUUUAUCAUCCGCAAUUUUUGAUCCAAGCGUUGUUUAUGAGCCAGAUUAUCCCGGUGCAGAAAAUCUUGGUCAAGUUGUUUCAAGCUUUGCGACAGGGUGAAACGCUUGAAUGGGAUUUGGGGAUUGAUUUUGCAUCCGAGAUCGGGAAACAGCUGGAGGUGGGUAGUGGUGAUGGGAAUGGCAAGAUGCAACCAUUGCAGCGACGCAUGUCGCAAACUUUCAACUUGGAUGUGUUUACCAAAUUCAAUGACGAAUUGGCCGAUUUAUUACUGGAUAAAUUGAUGAAGGUGUCGCUUCCUUUGAUAACACGGCAUCAGCAAAGUACAUUGUUGUCGGUUGUUGCCAUAGUCAGGGAAUUGAACAAGUAUUCAUUGACGUUGGAUGAGAAUGGGAUUAGGUUCAUGAUUGGUUUCAAAUUGUUUCAAUUGGCAACCAAACAAAAAGAACUUUCAAUGAGAGAUAUCAACUGGGCUCUACAUUCAGAGAAUAAAGAAGUGUUGUUGGACUCUGUGGAAACGUAUUACAAGAACCGAUUGACUUGGGAAAAUAUCAAACAAACGGGGUUGGCAUACUGGGUCAAGACUGACCGGUUAAUCAAGUUGGUGGAGUCAGUGGCAAGAAAUGAGUUUGGUGAACUGCGUGAUCCUUCAGGUUUAGUGUCUUUGCUUUAUCUAGCCUUGCGUAAGAAGCAGAUAUUGAUUGGAUUGUGGCGGAUAGUCAACCAUGAAGAAAAGACGAAAAUGUUGAAGUUUAUGAGUAAUGAUUUCACUGAUGCACGAUGGAAGUCUGCCGCAUUGAAGAAUGCCUUUGUCUUACUUGGUAAACAUCGAUAUAUGGAUGCGGCUUAUUUUUUCUUGUUGGCGGAUAAACCAUAUGAUUGUUGCAGUACGUUGGCGACAAAAGUAGAGGACAUUUCGUUGGCUAUAGCCGUGGCCAAAAUAUAUUUUGGUGUGCAAAAUAUUGGUAAAGAGUCAAAUGAAGUUUUGGUGCAAGUUAUGGAGAAGUUUGUUUUGCCCCGUGCGAUUGAGAAUGGUGAUCGAUGGAGUACAAGUUGGGUGUUUUGGCAGAUGAACGAUAAGCAAAUGUCGAUACAGUCAUUGAUCAAAUCGCCGAUGCAAAUGAUUGAGGAAAGUGGUGAUCGGUUUAAGGAAUUGGUGCGUCAAGUUGCGGUAUCGUCAAAGGGACAAAGUUUUCUUCGUGAUGACCCGGUUCUUGUAUUGUUGUUUGAUGAUUUGAGGCAUCGCAAAGUUGAUUAUCUCAAGGGAUCAUUGAGUAUUUCCCCGCAACAAGAAUUUGAUUUCGUUGUUCGUGUGGCGAUGAUAUAUUCCAGAAUGGGAUGUGAGUAUCUUGCUUUGCUACUUUUGAGAAAUUGGACAUUUUCGCAAGAGCAAAAGGAUGGUGUACAUGUCAAUGGGGUGCAUGUCAAUGGAAAUGGUGCUGAGAACAAGAAUGGAACGCGAAAUGGACAAGCUCAAUCACAAUAUGGAGAUUCUUCAGUACCUAAUAUACUUGACUCGUUUGGCGACGCACAAUUGUCACCCACGGCACCACUGUUGAAGAAUAAGGCGCCUCCUCCAGCGCAAGCGUUUGAGGAACCUGAUAUGAGCUCAUUCAAUUUUGGCUUUUAG